AUCUGCAAUGAAACGAAUAACACUGCUUUCAUCCAUCUCGAAAGUCUCAACUGUUCCUUCAAACCUUCAACCACUACACAGAUGAAGAAAUUCCAAACCUGGCCGUGUAUCUCCUCUUCCUCCCGCUUCACCUCUCUCCCUCUUCCAAACCUAACCGCUCCCGAAUCAUCCGCCGCAUACUCCUCCCGUUCCGUCCGUCUCUGUUCCCGUCCACCGCCCUCUAAACCUUCUCCAUCCACCGCCGAACAAACCGAUUUCUCCUCCCUCCCGUACGACGUUCUAACCAAAAUCGCAGCCUCCUUCGACCAGCCGAACCUCCAAGCAGCGUCGCUCGUAUGUCGGUCAUGGUGCGAGGCCUUACAGCCGUUGAGAGAGGCGAUGGUGAUGCUUAUGUGGGGGAAACGGUUCAAACACGGAAAGCGAGGAGUUUGUCGGAAUACGGAGAAGGCGCUUGAUAUGUUCACGAAAGCCGCUGCUCGUGGCUCCGCUCUUGCGAUGGUGGAUGCUGGUCUUAUUUAUUGGGAGAGAGGAGAGAAGAUUAAGGCUCUUGAUUUGUAUCUCAUGGCUGCUCACCUUGGAAAUCCUUCUGCACAGUGUAAUUUGGGGAUUUCAUAUCUUCAAGUUGAACCUCCAAACACUGAGCAAGCUUUGAAAUGGUUAUAUAAAGCUUCCAAAGGUGGGAAUGUGCGUGCCCAAUACCAGCUUGCUCUUUGUCUUCAUCGAGAUGGUGGAAGUAGAAGCAAUAUAAGAGAAGCUGUUAAGUGGUAUAUGAAAGCUGCAGAAGGUGGGUAUGUGCGUGCUAUGUACAAUACAUCCUUAUGUUACUCUUUAGGGGAAGGCCUGACGCGCAAUCAUCAAUUAGCAAGAAAGUGGAUGAAGCGGGCUGCCGAUCGUGGUCAUAGUAAAGCUCAGUUUGAGCAUGGACUUGCUCUUUAUUCUGAUGGAGACAUGAUAAAGGCUUUGGUGUACUUGGAACUUGCUAACCGUGCUGGUGAAAAGGGUGCUGCUCAUGUCAAGAAUGUAAUUGUUCACCGCCUUUCUGCUGCUUCACAAAAUCAUGCCAUGCAUCUAGCUAAUAGUUGGCGGGCUUUGCCAUCAAAUUGAACUAAAUCUUGUAUAAUUUGUGAGCAAGCAGUAACAUUACUUUGGCCAUGCAUCAUACCGGUGAAGUCGAGAAAGAUUUCCUAAAACAGAAGGACAGGGAAAGCUGGAGUUGACCAAGCAACUACUUAUGUAUUAUACUGGUCCUGAUUAUAGUGGUCUUCCCGCAUCUAAUGUCUUAACUAUUUGUGCUUUGUUUAACAAAACAAAUCAAAGUGUAUCUCUAGAUAUGUUUCCUUCAAAAAAAAAGGCUAGAUUCAGAUCA